AUGUUUUUGUACAUUCUGUUAACUGGAUUAUCAUUGCCGUGUAAAAAGAUAGAGUUUUAUUCAAGUCUUGGGUUAAAUGUAAAAUCUCGAAAUUUCUUGAACACAUCAUUUGUGUAAAAGACAUAUUUACAAUACAAGUUGAAAAUAAUCCUGUACAUUGUUGUAUUCUGUUAAUCAUAUUAUCAUUAUUAUCAUUUUAAGAAAAUAAAAAUUUAUCUUGUAUUAAAUAUAUAAUCUAAAAUAUAAAAUCUCAGAAUCUCUUGGAAAACUUGGAUUGUUUAAAUGAUGAUUCUAUCAUAUCACGUUACAAUUAUGAGUAUAAAUAUGUACGAAGUAUAUAUCACAGCAAGCAUGACAGCGUCCAUUAUAUUAAAUUCAUGCAACCAAGAGUUUCACUUCUAUACUACUUUUGCUACAGAAAAGGUGUUUAUUAAAUCUUUCUGCAAUCAUAUUACUCAUAAUUCAAGUAUGUCCUCUUUUCUUUUUUUUAUAACUCCAAUUAAAAAUUAGUGGCGAACAUCUAUUAUAUUGAAUUAUCAUUGCAAUCAUAAUAACAUCGUAAAUAAUGAUUUUCGUACAAUAAAUUAAACAAUAAAUAUUCAAAAAUAAUAAAUCUUAUAUUUAAUAUUAUUGAAUUUAAUAUUGAAUUUAAUAUCCAUUCUAUCGAAGACACACUUACAGAUUACUCGAGACAAGAUUAAUCAGAUCAGAAUUAAUUUAUUUUUAUUAAUUACUAAUUAUAUCAUCUUAGCAUCUGUAAAUAGGAAGUGACGAAAUAAUAGGAUAGUUAACGAGUUAAUAAUUAAAGGUACUAUGAUAUAAAGAACCUAAGAAUUUAAUAUUCCAAUUUAUAUUAUUUUAGAUAAUCUUUCUACAUCAUACAAGGCCAGGAUUAAUCUACUUUUAUUAGCAUCUGAUUUUGAUAGUUGUAGCAGUCUAUAGUUAGGAAAUGAUAGUCAAUAAUUAUCUAUAUUAGGAUACAGAGACAUUGAAUUUAACAUUCUUCAUAUCAAAGAUGUGAUUAAUCUACUUUUAUUAGCUACUAAUUUUAUAGUUGUAGCAAUCUAUAGUUAGGAAAUGAUAGUCAAUAAUUAUCUAUAUUAGGAUACAGAGACAUUGAAUUUAACAUUCAAAAAUGUGAUUAAUCUACUUUUAUUAGCUACUAAUUUUAUAGUUGUAGCAAUCUAUAGUUAGGAAAUGAUAGUCAAUAAUUAUCUAUAUUAGGAUACAGAGACAUUGAAUUUAACAUUCUUCAUAUCAAAGAUGUGAUUAAUCUACUUUUAUUAGCUACUAAUUUUAUAGUUGUAGCAAUCUAUAGUUAGGAAAUGAUAGUCAAUAAUUAUCUAUAUUAGGAUACAGAGACAUUGAAUUUAACAUUCUUCAUAUCAAAGAUGUGAUUAAUCUACUUUCAUUAGCUACUAAUUUUAUAGUUAUAUUAGCUACUAAUUUUAUAGUUGUAGCAGUCUAUAGAUAUCCGCUUGCCACGUAAAGCACGGAGAAACGCCAUCAUCAAGUGAAACGUCCAAGAAGGAAAAUAGACAGCUAAACUGGGCUUCGAGGAUAGCCGUGAAUUUUAUAAAAAAAAAAAAAAAA